AAGAGGUGGCACAACAGCAGCAGAGAAACAGAAGACAACGUCUUUUUUCCACGUUCCUCGACAUAUUUUACGAACGUUUUGAACUUUUCAAAGUAAGUGGAAGUUGCAGCAGCAGUGCACAUCUGUAGCCCGCACACACCUGCUCCCGGCCCUGUCCAACCAGCCAGGCUAUCAUGGAGCAGAGCUUCGCCUUUUUUCCUGGCAGGAAACCGGUGAACCUCUGUAGGGGUCCUUGGGGGCACCAUCUUCAGGAGCCAAGUGAUGCACCAAAGCUCCUCAAGGGCGACCCUUCGCUGCAGGACACAUCUGCACCUCUGAGGGAGGACGCUGUGAGGGAGAAUGCCCUGGCUGUGGUCCGUGUGAGGGCAGGGGACGCCUCAGACGAGACGGACGUGGUGGGGCAGUAAAUCCUGCAGUUCGGGAAGUAUAAGGGGAAAUCCUUCCGGUGGCUCUUGGGGAAUGAUGUUGAGUACACCGUGGACCUCAGCAGACAUGUUGAAAGUGAAGAGGCUGCGGUAGUGACAAUGACCCAGGGACACAGCAAGGACAGCUUAUUGUUCUUUGUCCCAAUGAAUUAGUAAUACUAAAUUAAUUCAGUAUGCACUAGCCAUGUUCUGGCCUUGUUCUGUGUUCAGGCCAUGUUCAGCCACUAAUAUUGUGUUUGCAUGCUGGUGUUCCUACUUACCAAUAGGGUUCAUGAAUUGAUUUCCUCAACGUUGAGGCUGGUCCUUCUGUUGUUGUGCCCCGACCGACACUCAGACCAACUGCUCAUACUACACCUGAGCCACCACACAACAUCUUGCAAUCCAUUGAAAGAAGUACGACUCGCCGUUCCAGUGUGCCAAACUCCGCCGACUCACAAGCAUGGCCAACGCAGUCCGACACUGACGCUCUGUGGACAUUUCGAGCUGCUGCUGCUGCUGCUGCUGCUCCAUCCUCAGCAUCGUCCUAGUUGUCAGCUGAACCGGGUCGAGCCACGUCAACGAAAACAGGUUUAGUGAAAGUCCACACCUGUUGGAUUGAGAGACCAUGAAUUGCUCUCCAAAAUUGAACGGAACCAUGAAUUUAACCGUUCUCUUUGUGUGUUUUCAGUGUUCCGGCCAUGUUCUGGCCUUGUUAUGUAAUAUUGUGUUUGCAUGAUGGUGUUCCUACUAACCAAUAGGGUUCGUGAAUUGAUUUCCUCAACGUUGAGGUGCCGUCCUUCACUGUCAAUACCACCUGCUGACACUAAAGGGAAACAACACAAGACGCUAGUGGAUGCCCCCGCCGCCACGCCGACAGUGAAGAGACCUGUGCCCCUUCCUGCUGAGCUGCAGUGUAUGGUCAAAGAGCUAGAGAGGACUGUCUCUGCACCAGCCGAGCCCCCUGCCUUGGCUUCCCCACUGGCACAGACAGCAGAUCAGGACAUAAACAGUUGGAGCUGCUCGCAUCAUCAGAAGAUUUGGAUGAGGACAGAACUCCAGUCUCUGGGACUGUGGCCUGGGUUCCAACAUAUGCUCAAGCCAGGGCACGCGCUUUCACUAUGGCGUCUCCCCCCACAGCCUGAACUCAUGGACACGGCGUCAACUCUCCCGUCCCGCAACCUCUUCCAGCUCCAUCCGUUUUUUAUCUGGAAACCUGAGAGUGACAUAAUGGUGAGGCUGAGGGAUAAUUAUGUACUCCCUUGCCUUCAUGGUUGUCCAAAGCCAGACGUUGUCUCAGCCGGUGUGGGAAGGCCGCGAGUGAUUGUCGGCACCAACAGACAAUACUACAUCUUUGCUUCGCGACUUCGCUGCGAGACGUGUAAGCGGAUGUGGUUUGCCGACAGUCCUCGGUGGCUGGACAAACUGCCAAAGCGCUUCACAAACAUUGUGCCAGCAUUCCUGACUUACAAGAAGGCCUUUUGUAAGUCUGUGCUUCAUGAGCUGAGGCGCACUGGCAAGUCGCCUUCUGACAUGGCAAAGCAGGUGAACAAACUGCUGCAUCUCAAGUAUGAACAGGCUCACCUGGCAUACCUCUACAGCAUUCAGAACACCUGGGACGCCGAGGCUGGGGUUUGUGGGCAGCAAACGCCUGUGAGGAAGGAAGACGCGCCACAGUCGUUUGGAGCCUAUGAUGACGCAGAUGGAUGGUGUGGGGUCUCUGUCUCUGCCUCCUACUUAUCAGACUGCCUCACUGAUAUGUGCAAGCUCCAGCAGGGCACUUUUGGACAGGUCUUGCGCUCUGACCACACCAGGAAGGCUGACUCACUGGUUCCCGUGUCUCCCCCCCCUGGCCCGACACCAUCCGCAAACCUGGCCCCGUCCACUCCUGCACCUGUGGCCCAGCUGCCCCAGCUUCAACCUGCUGAGAGCCAUAAUGUACAGCUGAUGUCCCAAGGAAGCACGGGACAUCCAGCUAUAAUGGAAACCUCACCUCUGCCACUGGAGACACAGAAGCUGUGGCAAACUGGGGGAAGUGAGACUGUCCGUGUCCCCGUUGUGGUGCUGCCACCAGCCACUGUCAAUCCAGUCAAUCCGGACCAAGUGCCGCCUGAAAAGCCAUUGGCAGAGGACAAAGUACAGAAAAUGUUACAGGACAUAUUGCAGCAGCAGCAGCAGCAGUUUCAGCAACAGCUACAACAGGUUCAGCUGCUGCGGCAGGAGCAGCAACAAAAGCCCCGGCAGAGCAAAACAUGUCAUGCGUGCGGGCAGCCGAUGUCGCGCCACCAAAAUGAUGGAACGUCGAUCCAUCAUUUUUACCAACAAGGCCCUACGCGCUACCACUACUGCUCCACAAAGGUCUUCCAGAGGUACUCUGCAGAGGGCCUGACAGACUCUAGGAUGCCCUUUGAAGCGUUUGCUCAGACCGCCUUCUUUCAGCGUGAGCUGCAGCUGACAAAGGGCAGAGUGGAGGAAAAGGCUGCCAAGAGGAGGAAACUGAUGGAACCUGUGGCUCCUCAAACGCAGGGGAGAAUGUGCCGCUUCUGCCAUACGGCGCUGAAGCAGAGCCCCCACAGCAAACAUAUCCACACGGGGUUUCCUGGAGUGGCAGGUAAGUACAUUUACUGCCCUCCGAAAGUCCUUAACCUCUACAGACCACAAGGUAUGGUGAAAGAAAUGACAUGGAGGGAAUUCCAGGCCUCACCCUUUUAUGCCAUGGAAAAGGAGAGGUGGACAGUGGAGAGAAAAAAAUAGAACAUGUCGGAUGUAAUCCUCUAACCAUAACCCUAACCACUAACACAAGGAACAGAUUUACAGACUUACAUGUUCUGUACAGGUGGACUCUGUCAUUGGUUGUGGAGAAGGAGUGUCUCAAUUGUGUUGUGUGCACAAUGUUGUUGUUAUGUUUAAUUUUUGAAGGAUAA